AAAAACCCAAUGAGUAAGCUCUUGCAGCGUGUGGUGCCAGGGGUGGCCUUGGUGGCUGCCGGCAGUGCCGCUGGGGUAUACUUUGAGCGGCAUCUCAAAGCUCCUGAAGAACAGAUCACGACUAUUGUGGACGCCAUUGGCAAUACACCAUUGUUGGAGAUCAAAAGCCUGUCCAACCUCACGGGCUGCCGCAUCCUGGCCAAGGCCGAGUUUAUGAACCCCAGUGGUAGCGUGAAAGACCGAGCCGCCAAGUUUUUGAUCGAGGACGCCGAGGCCAGUGGCCAGCUUCAGCCCGGUGGUAUCGUAGUCGAAGCCACCGGUGGCAACACAGGCGUGGGGCUAGCUAUUGUGGCCGCCGCCAAGGGCUACCGCACGAUCUUCACCAUGCCAGACAAAACCUCGGCCGAAAAGAUCGACCUCAUGAAAGUACUAGGCGCCGAGGUGCACGUCCAGCCUGGCGUGGGUAUGGCCGACACCCAGCACUUUUAUAACCUAGCCAAGCGUAUUGUGGCUUCCGAUCCGCUGUGCUUUGGUCCGGAUCAGUUUGAAAAUAUUGCCAACAGUCGCGCGCAUUACGUUGGCACGGGGCCGGAAAUCUGGCGGCAGACGGCUGGCCACGUCACUGGCUUUGUUGUGGCCUCAGGCACGGGGGGAACUAUUGGUGGCGUGUCCAAGUUUCUGAAAGAAAAAAAUUCGGCGAUUCAAGUUUGGCAUAUCGACCCCAUCGAAGGAGGCGCGUCGUCUGACUAUGUCAAUACCAAACAAAGUCAAGUUGGUCCCGAUGGGUUUGAGUACAUUCCAAAACGCGACGGCUCCACGGUCGCCGAAGGCAUUGGGUUGGCUCGGGUGACACCCAACUUUAAGACUGGGUUGAUUGAUCGCGGGAUUUUUGGCACCAACGCGGAAAUCAUUCAGAUGGUGUACUAUCUAUUGCGCCACGAAGGGCUAUUUGUGGGUCCAAGUGCCGCGUUGAACGUGGUUGGGGCUGUGAAAAUGGCUCGCGAACUCGGCCCUGGCCACACAAUUGUGACAGUGUUAUGCGACGGAGGUGACCGCUAUCGCAGCAAAUUGUUCAAUGCCAAGUGGCUCGAAGAUGAAAAGCUGACGCAAUACGUGGACGCCCCCCUCAAGUUGUGAGGUUGUUUUUGUUUAGACUUUUCGGAGAUGUUGUUGGGUAUAUAAUACAAACUGGCAGCGGCAACUAGCCAAUAGAGUCGUUAUCGGAA